AUGGCAGGGCUCCGUCUUAAUGCGAACAACAGCAACAACAAUGAAGAAAAACAUAAGAAGAAAAAGAAAAGGCAGAAAAAUGAAAAGAAGGAGAAUAGAGAAAAAAAGAAGGAAGAGCAGGUGAAGGAGAAGAAGAAGGAGGACCAGGAAAAGGAGAAAGAGAAAGAUAAAAAAGACGAGCCCAAAGAGCUUCUGGUCAUCGACCCAGGGAGCAGUAGGUACUAUUACUGGCUGUUUGUGAUCACCAUCCCUGUGAUGUACAACUGGAUCAUCAUCAUCGCCAGGGCCUGCUUUGAAGAACUGCAGCACAGAUACCUGGUCGCCUGGUUUAUUUGCGACUACAUAGCGGACGUGGUAUAUCUGGGUGACAUGCUCUUCAAGGCCAGGACAGCCUUUCUGGAGCAAGGCUUGCUGGUGAAGGACGAAAAGAGACUCUGCGACCGGUACCUCCUGAGCUUCCAGUUCAAAAUCGACGCUGCGUCCAUGUUGCCCACCGACGUGCUUUACCUUGUGCUCGGGCUCGACUACCCGGAGAUCCGUCUCAACAAACUACUCCGUCUGAACCGUAUGUUCGAGUUCUUCAAGCUGACCGAGACGAAGACGCACUACCCCAACCUCUUCCGCAUCUGCAACCUCGUCAUGUACAUCAUAAUCAUCUGUCACUGGAACGCCUGUCUUUACUUCUCCCUCUCCAAGUCCAUCGGGUUCGGAUCCGAUAGCUGGGUGUAUCCCGAUCCCAACCACCCCGAGUUUGGCCAGCUGCUCCGGAAGUACAGCUUCAGCCUCUAUUGGUCAACGUUGACGUUGACCACCAUCGGCGAGACCCCGUCCCCAGUGCUGGAUUCGGAGUUCUUCUUCCAUGUGACAGACUUCCUGGUCGGUGUGCUGAUCUUCGCCACCAUCGUGGGCAACAUCGCAUCCAUGAUCUCCAACAUGAACGCCGCCAGGGCAGAGUUCCAGCACCGGGUCGACUGCAUCAAGCAGUACAUGCGGGUCCGCAAGGUCAGCGUGGACCUGGAGGACCGCGUCAUCAAGUGGUUUGACUACCUUUGGCGCAGCAAGAAGGCGACUGACGAGAGACACGUGCUCAGGUACCUUCCGGACAAGCUGAAGGCCGAGAUUGCCAUUAGCGUGCACCUGGACACGCUCAAGAAGGUCCGCAUCUUCCAGGACUGCGAAGCCGGCCUCCUCAUCGAGCUGGUGCUCAAGUUACGGGCGCAGGUCUUCAGUCCUGGGGACUACAUCUGCCGCAAAGGCGACAUCGGCCGCGAGAUGUACAUCAUCAAGGACGGCAAGCUUGCUGUGGUCGCCGACGACGGCAUCACGCAAUUCGUAGUCCUCAGCGACGGGAGCUACUUCGGCGAGAUCUCAAUCCUGAACAUCAAAGGCAGCAAGGCCGGUAACCGUCGGACUGCUAAUAUCCGGAGCAUUGGCUACUCUGACCUCUACUGCCUGUCCAAGGACGACUUGAUGGAGGCGCUCACCGAAUACCCGGAGGCUAAGGGCAUGCUGGAAGACAAGGGCAGGCAGAUCCUCCUGAAGGAUGGGCUGAUCGAGCUGGACCCGGCCAAACUGAAGCCCGACACCAAGGACAUCGAGGAGAAGGUGAACCGCAUGUAUGCCGCGCUGCAGCUGAUGCACGCCAAGCUGACUCAUGCCACGGGCCGCUACGGCACCACGCUAGGGGACAUGCGCCGGAGAGUCCGUGAGAUGGAGAGGCGCGCCGGCGAGAUACCCGAGGACGAGGAGGAUGAGGAAGCUGCCGAGGCAGAAGAGAAGAAAGAAGGGGGCGCGGAAGGGGUGCAGGAGGAGAAAAGAGAGGAAUAA